ACCACACCCAACUUAUUAAUCUCUCCAUACCUUCCCUACAAAGCUUCUCUCCCCAUCUUCUCACAACCCCACAUCUACACAAUGGCCGACCGAUUCCCCUCGUUAGACGAAAUCGACGCUGGCCAAACAGAGGCACGCGGUGAAGCCAACUUCGACCUGGUCGGCGACGCUGCUGAUGAAGACGAUUUUCUGUCCCGUGAACGGGCACUCCUUGGCGACGAUGCAAACCAAUUCGCCUCUCCAAACGACAAGCUGGCAACCGUAGAAGAUGGCGACGAUGACCUGCUGGGCGGCGGCGGCAGCAGCUUCCAGGCCAACGUCGGCAGCGAGGAGAUGAUGGGAUUCGAGAGUUCAUUCCCUGUCAUUGACACUACCAACGACCACAUGGCCCCCGGUGGUACUAUCACCGGCUCCACCCUCCCCUUCCUCCCUAGCCAAUCCCAAUCCUCCUACACACCCAUGCGCUCCGACUCCCCCGAGCCAGAAGUCCUGCGUGCAUGGCGCGAGCGCCGAGACCUCGCCAUCCAGCACCGCGACGAAGUCUCCGCCGAGCGCAAAACUGCGACGAUCAAGGAAGCACAAGAGAACAUCGAUGACUUCUACGAGAACUACAACACGAAGAAGGAGAAGGGCAUGGCGGCGACACGGCGCGAGGCUGACGAGUUCCUUGCGAAUCGGGACGACACAACCGCUGGCGGAACGAGCUGGGAGCGCAUUGCUAAGUUGGUGGAUCUGAGUGGGAAGGGCAUUAAGGGUGGUGCAGCUGGCAGCGAGAAGCAGAGGUUCAGGGAGAUGCUGCUGAGUCUGCGGAAGGAUGAGAAGGCUCCUGGUGCGACUGGGUACUAGAAUUUGCAAGAUUGAUUCUGCCAUUGGGUGUGAGUGAAGUGCAUGGGAUGAGAAGGGCUAUAGCUGAUGGCGAACGUGCUGAUGGUGGACGUGCCUGUAAGUGGAAAAGUAGGCUGUUUUGGAGACGUCAGGAUUAAGGCGAGAGGUUGGGUUAUGAGGCCGGAGUGCCCUCUCAUCAUCCAUUGGCGUCUGAUAUAGGUUUCCUCUGUCAAAUCUGUUCCUAAGCCCAAUUAUGUUAAUAUGGCC